AUGAACAACGUCUCCCUCAUCUCCUCCACAGCCUCGGCCUCAGCAAAGCCACCAAGCAAGACAAAGCAAGCGUGGGAAUUCGUCAAGAAGCACGCAAAGGAGCACCACGAGAGCGUCAAUGCCGCGUAUGCGGUAUACUACGGACAGGGUGCGAUGAGGCCGGUGAACAAAGGAGAAAAGCCGUGA